GGGGCGGCCGAAGGGAAAGGAGGUGGGGAGGUAGUGGCUCGCGACUCUCUGAGCUCCGCUCGAGUCCCGGCCUUUCCCGGGCGCUCGGCCUCCUUCUUUCCCUCCUCCGUUCUCCUCGUCUUCCGUACGCGCCGAGCGCUGCGCUCGGCCGGCGUGCCUCGCGCCCUAACGGGCGGCCGGGGGCGCCAAUCAGCGGGCGGCAGGGUGCCAGCCCCGGGGCUGCGCCGGCGAAUCGGCGGGGCUCGCGGCCCGGGGUGGGAGGCGGGUCUACCGCUCGGCCGCGGCGGCGGAGGAGCAGCUCCCAGCCAGCAGCCAGCGAGCGCCGAGCGAGCCGCCCGGAGGUUAGAUUAAGGAGGAUAUUUUCUUAGAGUGGAUCGCUGCCUUUGGUAAGAACAUGUCGUCCAUCUUGCCAUUCACUCCACCAGUUGUGAAGAGACUGCUGGGAUGGAAAAAAUCAGCUGGUGGAUCUGGAGGAGCAGGUGGUGGAGAGCAGAAUGGACAGGAAGAAAAGUGGUGUGAGAAAGCAGUUAAAAGUUUGGUGAAGAAGCUAAAGAAAACAGGACGAUUAGAUGAGCUUGAGAAAGCCAUCACCACUCAAAAUUGUAAUACUAAAUGUGUUACCAUACCAAGCACUUGCUCUGAAAUUUGGGGACUGAGUACACCAAAUACGAUAGAUCAGUGGGAUACAACAGGCCUUUACAGCUUCUCUGAACAAACCAGGUCUCUUGAUGGUCGUCUUCAGGUAUCUCAUCGGAAAGGACUGCCGCACGUAAUAUAUUGCCGAUUAUGGCGCUGGCCUGAUCUUCACAGUCAUCAUGAACUCAAGGCAAUUGAAAACUGCGAAUAUGCUUUUAAUCUUAAAAAGGAUGAAGUAUGUGUAAACCCUUACCACUACCAGAGAGUUGAGACACCAGUUUUGCCUCCGGUGUUAGUGCCACGGCAUACUGAGAUCUUAACAGAACUACCACCUCUGGAUGAUUAUACCCACUCCAUUCCAGAAAACACUAAUUUCCCAGCAGGAAUUGAGCCACAGAGUAAUUAUAUCCCAGAAACGCCACCUCCUGGAUAUAUCAGUGAAGAUGGAGAAACAAGUGAUCAACAGUUGAACCAAAGUAUGGAUACAGGAUCUCCAGCAGAACUGUCUCCUACUACUCUUUCCCCUGUUAAUCAUAGUUUGGAUUUGCAGCCUGUUACUUACUCAGAACCUGCAUUUUGGUGUUCAAUAGCGUAUUAUGAAUUAAACCAGAGGGUUGGAGAGACCUUCCAUGCAUCACAGCCCUCACUCACCGUAGACGGCUUCACAGAUCCAUCAAAUUCAGAGAGGUUCUGCCUAGGUUUACUCUCUAACGUCAACAGAAAUGCUACAGUAGAAAUGACAAGAAGACAUAUAGGAAGAGGAGUGCGCUUAUAUUACAUAGGUGGGGAAGUUUUUGCUGAGUGCCUAAGUGAUAGUGCAAUCUUUGUGCAGAGCCCCAAUUGUAAUCAGAGAUACGGCUGGCACCCUGCAACAGUGUGUAAAAUUCCACCAGGCUGUAACCUGAAGAUCUUCAACAACCAGGAAUUUGCUGCUCUUCUGGCUCAGUCCGUUAAUCAGGGUUUUGAAGCCGUGUAUCAGCUAACUAGAAUGUGCACCAUAAGAAUGAGUUUUGUGAAAGGGUGGGGAGCAGAAUACCGAAGGCAGACGGUAACAAGCACUCCUUGCUGGAUUGAACUUCAUCUGAAUGGACCUCUACAGUGGUUGGACAAAGUAUUAACUCAGAUGGGAUCCCCUUCAGUGCGUUGCUCAAGCAUGUCAUAAAGCUUUGUCACCAGUCAAGUCCCAUCAAAAGACUUAAUGUACCAACUCUUCUGUCAUAGUAUUUGUGUGUGGUCCCCGUGGACUGUUUACUAUCCAAAAAUUCAAGAGAAAACAGCACUUGAGGUCUCAUCAAUUAAAGCACCUUGUGGAAUUGGUUUCCUAUGUUUGAAUAUUAGAUGGGAAAAUUAGUGUCUAGAAAUACCCUCCCAUAAAGGAGGAAGAGAAGAUUUUAAAGACUUACUGAUGUCUUGUUGGGCAUAAAACUGAGUGUCCCAAAGGUUUAUUAAUAACAGUAGUAGUUAUGUGUACAGGUAAUGUAUCAUGAUCCAGUAUCACAGUAUUGUGCUGUUUAUAUACAUUUUAGUUUGCAUAAAUUAGGUGUGUGUGUGCUGCUUCUUGAUUUAGGCAAUCCUUUAUAAAGUUACAGUACCUAAUCUGUUAUUCCCACUUCUUUGUUAUUUUUGUGUGUCUUUUUUAAUAUAUAAUAUAUAUCAAGAUUUUCAAAUUAUCAUUUAGAAGCAGAUUUCCCUUGUAGAAAAACUAAUUUUUCUGCCUUUUACCAAAAAUAAACUCUUGGGGGAAGAAAAGUGGAUUAACUUUUGAAAUCCUUGACCUUAAUGUGUUCAGUGGGUCUUAAAUAUUCAUUCUUUUUGUGUUUGUUUACUUACUACUAAAACCUUAUGGAAAUCUUUCCAAACCUCUCCUCCAUUUCCACUUUUGUCCUGAUACCAAAACAGUGUAGCGUGACAUCCAUCACCAAUAAUGGUUGCACUGAUACCGCCAGUACCAGUUAAUUCUGGGGUACGGUAACAAAUCAUAUGGAGUAAGUCCCUUUGUCUUAUACCAAAUUUCAGUUUCAGCAGAUGAUAAUAGACUUGUGUAACCUAGCAGUCUUUUGAUUUAUCUUUACACCUCAUAAAAAAUGCACAGGUGGCAGUAUAAUUAUUUUCAGGGAUAUGCUACAAUUAUUUCAAUAUAUUUAUCCUUUUUAAAAAUUCAAUCUAUAGAUAUAAACACUCUAUAAAAAGGUAUUUUAAAAUAUUUCAAUAGCAAACCUAGUGCUCUUUGAGUUGAGUUUCAUUUGAUUUAGUUACCAGAUUGUAUUAUGAAAUGGACCUUUUGUAAAUGUAAUUGCUUCAGCAAAAUACCUAGAAAAGUAAUGCUGAGGUAUGAUCAGCAAGUAAAGGCCAUCUGUUUUUAAGGUAUGUUGUAUUAAAUUUAUACAAUCUAUGUUAUUUUACAUAAUUAUGAAUUCUGAAUUUUAAAAUUUGGGGGAGAAGCAGUUUAGCAAGUUUUUUAGCUUAUAAUUACCUACAGUCUGAGCUGUUCUUAACUAAUCCUGAAUAUGUGGUGACUAUUAGAACCAACCAUGCUUUAUGCUCUACAGUGACAGGAGAUGUCAGAAACUCUGUUGGAAGUCCACCCUGCAGCAGAUAAUCCUUAUGUUUAUUGUUAACUCAUUGCAGUUUAAACAUUUCUUGUUUGCAUCUCAGUAGAAAUGGAAAGUAACCACUCCUGGUCCCCUUCUAGUAAGUUUUCAUAUUUUUAAAGACAGAUUAUCUUUGGUACUUGUUUUUUGAAACCAUAUUCACCUUUAUCUACAGGUGUUAUUUUCAAUACUUUCAGCAUUGCUUGUUUUCUAUUAGAUAUUCCCCAUUUUUCUAUAUUUGUGUAUGCAUGUAUGUGUUCAUGUAAACUUGGUAUAGUAAUUUUUUAUUCAUUCAACAAAUAUUUAUUGUUCACCUGUUACGUGUGCCAGGAACUUUCUUAGCCUUUGGGUAAAGGUGAACAAGACAGAUAAGGCCCUUGCCUUUGCUGAGAUAGCAGUUUCUAUGAUGCUUAAUUAGCUUAUUUUUCUAUGAAGGAGAUAAAACAGGGUACUGUGAUAAAGCAUAGCAGGGGGAAUGCUUCUGUAAGGUAGUGAUGCUUGAGCUAACACUUCGGUGAGAAAGUAGCAAGCCAUGUGGAGAGAAAAAUAGGCAUUCUUGGCAAAGAAAAUGGCAUCAAAUGCAAAGGCUUAUUUGAAAGGAAACUCAUAAUUUACUAGGUGUUUAUGCUUUAUACAAAAACCUCUACACAGGUCCAAACUUGAGGAUCAGAUUAGUUCUACAGUUUAUAAUAGUUGAAGGUGGCCUUACUUUGUGAUAGAUUGCUUCAUGUGUCAUUCUCACUAAUAUUUCCUCUUCCUCACAUCCUUACUGUAAAAAGUUUACACCAGGUCAGUACCAUUUAAUUGAACAACCCUUUCUUCAGUUCUGCCUUGGGCAAAUUUUCACCAUUGUAGUGACUGGCUGCUUGCUUCCAGAUGUCCUGCUGCACGAUAAUUAUUACUUCUACAGCCCAUCCUGUGGAUAGAGUAAAUGUCCCAGGUAUUACCGCCGUCAGACCUGUUGGAAAUGUGGAGGCUCUGCCCUUUGGAAGUGUUUACUUACUAGAGGACUUGUAGUGAUGUUAGGGAACACUGUUCUUUGUCUGGGGGUAAAGAACAACUUUGAAAGUGGUAGAACAUCCUGGCAGUUGCCCUUGCAUUGAUAUGUUAAGCAAAGCAGUACCAUCUGUAACAUUUCAGUAGUGGAUCACAUCUCUACAGUUAUGGUGGGAUUCUUCUGUACAGUAUGAAGCUGGGACUCACCUCUUUGGAAGCACCCAUGUAUUCAGCGGUUAGACCUGUCAAGCAGUUGACUUUGUGGUUGCAGUGGUUACAUUUGUAUGAGUGUGUUCAAUGGUCUUCCUUGCUUUUUAAUGUGAUGCUGGUUUUGCAUUCUAUUUUGGCCACUGUGGCCUAAUUUUUGCUGAUUGUUUUUUCCCUUUAUAGGGUUUGUUUUCAUUCUUCUAAGUGAUAAGAUCUCCUCUCUGUAGAAUUUUGUCUUUAUUUAGAUUAGCAACAUCAUUUAGAAUUUCUUCUACACAGUGCUGGUAAUUUCCUCAGUUUAACAACAUGAGAACUGAAUGAUCAUGCUUUCUAUCACAUUUCUAAGAUAAAUGGUGAUUUUCACAGUGGAUUACAUACACCUUAGGGCUGGUUUAGGGAAUUGGAAGCUGGUGACAUUCCCACUGACUUUGGCCUGGCCAGUGGCAGCUUCAUUUUUAUUCUGUGUUGGAGUUCCACGUAGGAACUCCAAUAGAAUGAUUUCUUUCUUAAAAAAUUUUUACUGCUUAAAAAAAGUUUGACUUUCCUGACUAGAUUUGAACUAUACCAGUUAGUGUGCUAAUUGUACAUUAUGAUAUACAUUCAUUCAAUAAACAUUUAUUGAUGCCUGUUCUUUACCUACCCAGUGUGAUAGAUGUUGAGUAAUAAAAAGAUAACUGGGAUUUGGUACUGACUCUCAAGCCAUCUUAGUCAUGUGGGGUUACUUUCUCUCUCAGGACCUGUCACUUUGCCAGAAGAAAAUCUGCCUAAUUUUUCUCGAAAGCUAUAUAUUCUUACUCUGUACUCUUAUUCUGUAUUCUAAGUAUAUAUUUGCAAAUUGUUAAUAUCUGGGGUUUUUUUAAACCUCAUAUCAUAUCUAGUUUUGCUUGGUUCAUCUGUCCUUUAAACAUUGCCAGAUAUUCUCCUUUGUUGAAAUUAUUUUAUUGAUAAUUUCACUUUAUUUGUGCCUUUAUUGUCAGUUUCAUCAAGACUAAGAUUUUGAACUUGAAAAACAAUCCGUCUAGUCUCUUGCUAGUUGAAAUCAAAUAAAAGAGUAUAUAUACCCAGUUGGUUUCUCUACCUCUUCCAAAAAUUGUCCAAAUAUACCUUUAACAUCUUUCUUUUUUUUAAAUAACUAAACACUUUGAGCAUUUACUCAAUAAUCAGUGCCCUCCUGGUCUGGUUGAUGGUGGGAUGUAAUGUAAUGCAAGACAAUCCUCACUGUACUUAACAUCUGUCUUUAUGUACAGUCUUUACUUUCAUAGCUAAACAUUCCAGCUUCACAGUUUGCCACCCCUCCACCAUUCCCCAGUAUCUCUUUAGAUAACUAAGUAGACUGUGGACAUAAGCAACCCGUGAUCUUGUCUCUUACUCUGGUGCAACACGUUGAGGUUUAGACAUAACACAUUAUUUGCCCAUUUUCUUUCCUUCGUGAACUUUAUUUUGCUAAGUCCUUUAUAUUCAUCAACUGAAUUUUAUUCUUCCUUCCCUUCUCUUGACAACAUGUAUCCCUAGUGGUUUUGCUAGUUGCCUUCUUCCUUGCCAACCAUGUUGUUUCUGCAUACAUCAGAAUGUUUCUCCUUUGAACUUUACUAAAGACCAAAAAGGGCGGUGCUGUUCAAUCCCAGGGUCCUAAUUUCUUCACCACGAAGGUUGACGUUGUUCAGGUUGGUCAGUCACUUAAAUCUUACAAAUGGCUCAGAAAUUCUAUCCAGUUAAAUGUUUUUGUGACAAUAGCAUACAUUGUCAGAUUCUGUUGUAAAUUAUGUUCAGGAUUAUGAACUUUUCCGGUAGUUAGUUGCAGCCAGUGAUUUCCUCAUAAUACUAGCCCUGUUUCCACCUUGGGGCGUAUUAGGUGGUUGUAUUUAGUAAAAUGAAGAGUAAUAAUGAUAGUGUGUGGUGUCUAGAGGUUGUCAGAGUCCUAUUGAAUUCCUUUUAUAUCUUCCUUUUCAAGUUUUCAUAAAUAUUUUGUCUGUUCAGACUACCUUUUGUGUGUGGGGAUUGAGGGACAAAUUAUCUCUUGUAGUGGAAUUCCUAUGUUUGAAGCCUCAACCAGGAAAUGUGAGCUAUACUAGAUAGAGAUAGCCUCAUGAUAGCUUUUAUGAUGAGAACUUGUCUAAUGUGUUCACAUAACUUCUUGAGCAGGAACUGUUUUAUCUUGGAUAUUAUAGCUAACUUUAUAUAUAGCAUAACUGCCUUAAAUCUUUUUAGUAGGAAAUAAAUUAUAGAAUGUGUAUGUAUGGAUUUAUAGAUACAUAUACACUCACAGAAAAAUCUUAACAGUAGGGGUCAUUUGCAUACAUUUUAACAGUGUUCAGUGAUUCUAUUGUUUAAAUCUCAUAUCAGUAAAAAAUUCUUAAGUUUCUUGCAGACAUUUUCCUUUCAUGGACAGACCAUCAGGGUAAAUUUUUUAUUCUGCCAGGGUCCUAAUUUGGCGGUUCAGUUAGUAUGCCAUUUUUAGGCAGCUUGACAAUUAAGAAUCAUAACUGGAACAUCAAAAAAAAAAAGCUCUGAGUGGUCUCUGGAAGGUACUUGCUUAAGGUUACCUUUUUUUUUUUUUUAAAUAAUGUUAGAUUGUGUGUCCUCCACACCUGCUUUUUCCCCCCCGGCAUAAGACUGCUGCUUAAGAUACCCUGGGAAGCACCACUACCAAGUCAAGUUUUCCUGUAUUGAAGGGUAGCCUCAGGAUGACUUUCUUAGCUGUGCUCAACAGAAAUGGAUUUUCCAAAGUUCUUUGGGCCAUUUCUGAGUCACAGAGUAUCUGACCAGAGUAUAUAUUAGCCUGAGUUAACUUCAGUGUUAAUUGGUUUGCUGCCAUGAGAUCCAUAAUAGACCCAAAAUUUCACCAGUGAGAUGUAAGGGCCCUUUGAAAGAAUAAUACCACUGAUGUUAGGAGUGAGGAUUCAUUAACUCCACACAAAGGACUUUUAGAUUUUUCUCCAACCAAAUUUCCCCCCAAAUUAUAUUCUUCUAUCCUCUUUAAAAAAAAAAAAACAAAACAAAAAGCUCAUACUUUCUAUAGAAUUUCCAGUUUGCUCUUUUGGGUGGGGAGUAGGGAUUUACUUUCUCUUUCUAAUUAAAGAUGCUAAUUUAUUGAACCAUGAAAUCCAUAAUAUAUUGAUUUAAGGAUAAAAGUGAAGUUUUAGAAUUGUAAAAGUACUUAACUAUUACAUAUUUUUCAUUUCACACUUGACUGUUCUUUCUCCCUAUGGCUUUAAAGCUUUUGGCUGUUUUACAGCGUUAGUCACUAGGUAACUUGCCAUAUUUCUGGUUCUGUUAGUCCUACCCAUUACAAUGCUGUGGCAUAAAGUUAGUUCUCAGCAUUUGUCUAUAGGAAUAGAAGUCUUACUAAAGUCUUUUUCUUCCAAAGAGAUUUUCCUUUCUCAGUAAGUUCCUAAGAAAAUAAUUGUUUGUCACUCUCUUUAUUCACGUUCUUUGAUUGUUCAAACAGCAAAAAAAAAUGUUGGUGAAAACGAUUAGGGUCCUUUUCUGAUGAAUGUAUGUACCUGCAUUAAGAAUGUAGUCAUUUAUUGGUUUUAUGUAACUAAUACACACACAGAUUAAUUUUAAUCAGGAGAAAGAAUUAUCACAUACAUAGCAAGUAGGUAACAUGCAUGGCUUUUACAUUUUUUAAAAAUACCCUAUUUUUUGGCAAAAUGUAGAACCCAAAAUGGUCAUUUCUUAGACCAACUUUACCUCAGGCUUCAUUUUUGCUGUUUUGACCCUGGCCUUUAAGGCAUUGAUAUUUAUAUCUUUUUAUUAAUGAUAGUGAAACUGUGACACUAACCAUUUCUAUACAAGACAGCAAAACAAGAAAAACUAUAAAGAUUAAGAUGAAAGCAGUUGUGUGGUUGUUGAGCUAGAUCACAGCAUUUGUAGGCAAAAUAAAAACACUCAUAUCUGAGAAUUUUUUUUUUUUUUGCCAUUUUUUCCCAAGGCCAGAGCUUCUGGUAGAGCACAGUUAAAAGUAACAUAAUUCUGGGCCUUUGUAAUCUGAGGGAAAUAGCCCCAGUUGGCAGUCUUCAUGUUAAUAUAUGAAACAAGAAUGUAGGAAAUAGUUGGCGUGUUUUCACCUAAAAAGAAAAGAAUAUGAAAAGAUAUAAAACUAUUAUUUAGCUCACAGAAUCUCAAAAGGAGACAGUAAAAUGCUAUACAACUGGACAAAACCAGAAGAACCUAUAGAGGAUUUGUGGGAAAACAGGUUUCAAGGAUGAACUUUUAUACACUGCUCACCAAUUUGCUUACGUUCUACCAACUAUUCUUAAAAUUGACACUGUUAAAUAAGAUACGGACUUCUAGGAACGAACGAUUAGCAAAUGUCCUAAAAAUAUUUUUGAGCCAAUUCCCUCAUACGUAGCCCUAUAUACUCUUGAAAAUUCUUACCUUUUCUCUAGCGAUACUAAGGGAGGAGUGAGUAAGUAGUGUUCUUAGGGUGACCAACUGCCCUGGUGUGCCUGGGACUGAGGCAGUCCCCUGGAUGCAGGACUUGGAGUGCUAAACCCAGGAAAGCCCCAGGCACACCAAGGAGGAGCUGAUAGCCUUAAGUGUUCUUGUGACUUACCCUCAGCUUAAACACUGUAAUAGUUGCAAUUACAUUCAGCUGCCCGAUAGCAUAUGUGUCCUCCAAUCACUUACUAUUGUGUAUGGAAUGUGAGAUGUAUGCCAGUAAUAGCUACUGGCACCAACGUGGUAGUGAGACGAACACAGUCAUCCAGGGAAGAUAACGGGUGGUUUAAUGAAACAGAAGAGGCAACUAGCUAGCAAAGUUCUUCAGAACCUGUGUGUAUAUGUAAGUACAGAUCAUGUCUUUAUGGGGUUAAAUUUAAUCUGAAAUUUAAAUUUUCACAGUAAAAGAAAACUGAGUAAUGCUGUGGAUUUCUUCUCUCUUGAGGGAAAAUAUGGCCUUUGAUGCUCUAUCCUCUACUACAUUCCCCAGACUAUCCUGCUCAAGAAGCCAGAAUGUGGCAUUAUUAUGUUUAUUCUCAGUGAAUGUUGUAUUGAGAUUACUAAAUGCAUCAGCCAGUGGCAGGUGAAGGAGUCGGGUGUCCUGAUCCAGACUGAGCAGCACCCUCAGUUCUGAUGGCCUCCUACCCCUCAGGUGCUUACCAGCUGCAACACCGACCGCGGGAGGUGAGAUUUUUCUAAGACGGCAUUAAUUUUGUAAUGCAAUAUGCUGGAUGCAGAGUCUGUUAUUGUUUCCCUGUGGUAGUCCUCAGGCUGCAUCCUCUGUGCACUGUGAUGUAGAUGGUAGAUGUGUUCUUUGUAAGCUUUAAUCCUAUGAUUGUCAAAAUACGAUGUGUUUCCUUUUUUUUUUUUUUAAUUAAACAAUGAGCUGAGGCUUUAUUUCAGCUGGUUUUCAAGUUAAAAUUGUGAAAUACUGAUUUCCUUCCCACCACCCACACCAAAUAUUUUAGUCUAUUUAAAGUACAAAAAAAAAGUUAAGAAAACGUUGCUUAAAUGUCCUGUGAUUUCUGGUCAAAUUUUAUAUAUAUUUGUGUGUGUCUGUGUAUGUGCUUUCACUUUUUACCUUGUUGGCUCUCUACCUGUGUUAAUAGUACUGUCGCCAUUGAAAGGUGAACAUUUUUCCUAGCAUUAAAAAAAAAGCGAUUUGAGUUGUUUAC